AUAUACACACACACACAGACACUUUAUUUUCUUUCUUACUUGUUCUUUGUUAUUUUUAUGAGAAAUGGAUCAUCUUGGAGGUGUGUGUUGUUUAUUAAUGUUUCUGAGAUUCUUCGAACGUAUUUUUCAGGGUUAAAUUGAGUGAGCUUUAUUUCUGUUGGCCUUCGUAUUUUCUUUUGCUUUUAUGAGUUUUUCUAUAAAAAAUAGCGCAAGUAAAGAAUAAGGAAGAGAGAGAUUGGCGUGGUAUUUCCGGAGUUAAUUCUAAUGUUUUAGUUAACUAACAUAUCCAAUUUAGUUUACAAUUAAUUUUCUCUACAAAUUUAUUUCUGAUACGAAUCAUAUCAUGUAAACGAAUGAAACAAAACUAGUUAAUACUCUGUACAAUACCUUCUCUUUAGGGGGUAGUAGACUCUACAGGGUACAUAUAGAUUUUACUCAUGUAUAGCAUUUUGUUCCUCUUCUCUCUCUCUCUCUCUCUCUCUCUCUCUCUCUGUUAUUAUUCGUUUUUUGUUACCCUCUCAGCUCUAGUUCAGUUCCAAUCUUGAUGCUUCAUUGUAUUUGCGGCCGCCUUAUACUCUUGAUUGAAAGCAGUUGUCUCAGCUUCUGAAUUUCUAAAAGCAAUUUUACAAGUUUCUUGCCUGUUUGUUGCUUGCUUCUAGCAUAUUUUAAAAAAAUAUGCAGAUAUUUUCUAUUCUGAACCUGAAUGUUCCUGAUUAUAUCCCAAAUUAUAACUAAUGCAAAUGCGAAGCUGAUAAUGAUGCAUCCCUAUCUAUUUCUUCUGGAUGUUCUUGAUGAAUUUUGGAUUCCGACUAUGCUGAGGGCUCAAACAAAACAUCCUUUCGAUCCUUUAUCUGCCACUGAGAUCUCAGUGGCAGUAUCAACUGUCAGGGCAGCUGGAGCCACACCAGAGGUCAGAGAUAGCAUGCGCUUCAUAGAAGUGGUUCUGUUUGAGCCAGAUAAACACGUUGUUGCUCUGGCAGAUGCAUAUUUCUUCCCUCCUUUUCAACCGUCUUUAGUUCCAAAAACCAAAGGCGGCCCAGUGAUCCCUAGCAAGCUCCCACCCAGGCGAGCUAGACUUAUUGUCUACAACAGAAAGUCAAAUGAGACAAGUGUAUGGGCUGUUGAGUUAUCAGAAGUACAUGCUGUAACCCGCAGUGGACAUCAUAGGGGAAAAGUUAUUUCAUCACGAUUUGUUCCAAAUGUUCAGCCUCCAAUGGAUGCUGUAGAAUAUGCUGAAUGUGAAGCUGCUGUCAAAGACUUCCCCCCAUUUAGAGAGGCAAUGAAGAGGCGGGGUAUCGAGGACAUGGAUCUUGUGAUGGUUGAUACAUGGUGUGUUGGUUAUCACAGUGAAGCUGAUGCUCCUUGCCGAAGACUUGCCAAACCACUUAUUUUCUGUAGAUCUGAGAGUGAUUGCCCUAUGGAAAAUGGAUAUGCACGCCCAGUUGAGGGUGUCUGUGUACUUGUUGAUAUGCAAAACAUGGUGGUGAUUGAGUUUGAAGACUGUAAAUUCGUGCCCCUACCUCCAGCUGAUGCACUGAGGAAUUAUACUGCUGGUGAAAGCAGAGGUGGUGCUGAUCGAAGUGAUGUAAAGCCUUUACAAAUUACCCAGCCUGAAGGUCCGAGCUUCCGCAUUGAUGGCUACUUUGUAGAAUGGCAGAAGUGGAAUUUUCGUAUUGGUUUCUCUCCUAGAGAGGGUUUGGUUAUAUAUUCUGUUGCAUACAUUGAUGGUAGUCGAGGACGAAGAUCUGUGGCCCACAGGUUGAGUUUCGUGGAGAUAGUUGUGCCUUAUGGAGAUCCAAAUAAUCCACAUUACAGGAAAAAUGCCUUUGAUGCAGGGGAAGAUGGCCUUGGAAAGAAUGCACACUCUCUUAAGAAGGGAUGUGAUUGUUCGGGAUAUAUCAAAUACUUAGAUGCCCACUUCACAAACUUCACCGGAGGUGUUGAAACAAUUGAAAAUUGUGUAUGUUUGCAUGAAGAGGAUCAUGGAAUUCUAUGGAAGCAUCAAGAUUGGAGAACAGGCUUAGCAGAAGUACGAAGAUCUAGACGGCUUUCAGUGUCUUUUAUAUGCACGGUGGCUAAUUAUGAGUAUGGAUUUUUCUGGACCUUUUAUCAGGAUGGAAAAAUCGAAGCUGAAGUUAAACUUACAGGAAUUCUCAGCUUAGGAGCAUUGCAACCUGGAGAGGUCCGAAAGUAUGGUACAAUGAUAGCACCGGGUUUAUAUGCACCUGUUCAUCAGCACUUCUUUGUUGCUCGUAUGGACAUGGCUGUAGAUUGCAAACCUGGUGAAGCUUUCAAUCAGGUUGUAGAGGUAAAUGUUAGAGUUGAGGAACCUGGAGAGAACAACGUUCACAAUAACGCCUUCUAUGCUGAAGAGAGACUGCUCAAAUCUGAAAUGGAAGCAAUGAGUGAUUGUGACCCUUUCACCGCUCGGCAUUGGAUUGUGAGGAAUACAAGAACCGUCAAUCGCACUGGACAGUUAACAGGCUACAAACUCGUACCUGGUUCAAACUGUUUGCCAUUAGCUGGUUUGGAGGCUAAGUUUAUGAAAAGAGCUGCUUUCUUGAAGCAUAAUCUUUGGGUUACACAAUAUGCUCAUGAUGAAAUGUUUCCUGGAGGAGAGUUCCCUAAUCAAAAUCCACGUGUUGGUGAAGGAUUGGCUACAUGGGUUCAGAAGGAUCGAUCUCUGGAAGAAACAGAUAUAGUUCUUUGGUACGUAUUUGGAAUCACACACGUCCCUCGGUUGGAAGAUUGGCCUGUUAAGCCAGUGGAGCACAUUGGCUUUAUGCUUAUGAUGUUCCUCCCAACUCCUAUGAAUUGGGUGCCAAAGGAAAUGAUGUCAAGGACAAUGGGAUGGCCAAGACAAUUCAGCCUGCAUUGCUGGCGAAGAUGUGAAGAGAUGUUGCUUUCAUGUGAAUGUCUUUUAUGUGUAAAAGAAAGGAUGUUUUGGUCAAUGGAUUCCCUGGUAGGCCCCUGCUACUCCUUUGCCACGUCAUUUAUUUAUUUAAUUGAGAGUUGUUAUAAAUUAAUUUGUAUUGUAUGAUCAUAUUUAACCGUUGUUAUUGACCAGAUCUUAACCUUCAAUUAAGAUCUUUGUAUCCCUAUAUAUAUGGGCAUAUUUUCUUAGUUCAGUUAUCAAUAACAAUGAAAACUUCUCUGAACUCUCUCUUUCUUUUUUAUUGAUUUUACAACACGUUAUCAGUA